AUGAUCAAGACGGCUCCAGACGCCAGACCAUGGGUGGAGAAGUACCGUCCGAGAAAAAUCGCGGAGGUUUCGCAGCAGGUUGAAGCGAAGCGUCUUCUCUCGCGGAUCAUUGAGACCGGAAACAUGCCUCACUUGCUCUUUUUUGGUCCCCCUGGAUCCGGAAAGACGUCGGCGGCGUUGGCGCUCGUGAAGGAGCUUUUCGGGCGAGAAGACGCUAAGACGAGACUGCUGGAGUUGAACGCUUCAGAUGAAAGAGGCAUUCGAGUCGUUCGCGAAAAGAUUAAAAAGUACACCCGGACAAAUACACCCAAGGGGAAGAUAAACCCAGAAACCGGGAGGCGAGAAGAUGCAAAGACGAGACUUCUGGAGUUGAACGCUUCAGAUGAAAGAGGCAUUCGAGUCGUUCGCGAAAAGAUUAAAAAGUACACCCGGACAAAUACACCCAAGGGGAAGAUAAACCCAGAAACCGGGAGAGAGAUGCCUCCUUGGAAAAUUGUAAUCCUCGAUGAAGCCGAUAUGAUGACGCCUGAUGCUCAGGCAGCCUUAAGACGGAUUAUGGAGGCGUUUGCUCGCAACACCAGAUUUAUCAUCAUUUGCAACUAUAUACACAAGAUCAUCGACCCUCUUUUCAGCAGGUGUUCUCCUCAUCGCUUUGAGCCUGUGUCGCCCGAUGCUCAAAUGGAGCGGCUUCAAAUGAUCUGCAAAGCAGAAAAUUUAAACGUUGAGGAGGCAGCAAUUCACCGUCUAAUGAAUCUAACAAAUGGUGAUUUGCGCCGGGCUGUGAACCUUCUACAGUCUGCUGCGGGAAUACACCAGAAUAUCACUGAGGACGCGAUCCUUGAGGUUGCUGUCAUGGUUGCAGAAGUUGUAAAGACUGACAGCCUCUCAGAUUUGCAAAAGGCCACCAUACUCCAUGAACUCGGCGCGACAGAGUUUGCCGUAUUGCAGGGGGCGAACUCUUUACUGCAGCUUCUCUCCGCUUGCUUGAAGAUCCAAGCAGUCGUGCUGCAGCAGCCUUAA